AUGGCCUCACCGCCCCCCGUCGAAGACCAGGCCCGGCUGCUUGAAGAUGCCCUCGCCGUGGUGCGCCAGCAAACGAUGCUCAUGCGCCGCUGUCUCGAGACGCCGGGCAAAUUGAUGGAUGCGCUCAAGUGCAGUUCCACCCUCGUCUCCGAACUCCGCACCAGCAGCCUCGGCCCCAAGCAGUACUACGAGCUCUACAUGGCCGUCUUCGAUGCUCUGCGCCACCUCGCCGUCUAUCUGCGCGAAAACCACCCGGUUAACCACCUGGCCGACCUGUACGAGCUGGUCCAAUAUGCCGGCAACAUCAUUCCCCGCCUCUAUCUCAUGGUCACCGUCGGCACCGUCUACAUGGCCAUUGAGGAUGCGCCGGUCAAGGAGAUUAUGAAGGACAUGAUGGAGAUGAGUCGCGGAGUCCAGCACCCCGUCCGCGGCCUCUUCUUGCGCUACUACCUCGCCGGCCAGGCACGCGACCAUCUACCCUCGGGCGAUGGCGAGGGGCCAGAGGGCAAUCUCCAGGACUCCAUCAGCUUCAUAUUGACCAACUUUGUCGAGAUGAACAAGCUGUGGGUGCGGUUACAACACCAGGGACACUCGAGAGAGCGUGAGCAACGGACAAAGGAGCGCCAAGAAUUGCAGCUUUUGGUCGGCAGCAAUCUGGUCCGCUUGAGUCAGCUGGUGGACCUCGAGAACUACAAGAAGAUUCUGAACCCACUAUUAGAGCAGAUUGUGCAGUGCCGGGAUGUUCUGGCGCAGGAAUACCUCUUGGAGGUUGUCACCCAGGUCUUCCCCGACGAGUUCCACCUCCACACCCUCGAUCAAUUCCUCUCCGCCGUCGCCCGUCUCAACCCCCACGUGAACGUCAAAGCCAUUGUAGUAGGCCUUAUGGACCGCCUAUCCGCGUAUGCGCAGAGAGAAGCCGAGUCGGAAAGUCCAGAGCAGCGCAAGAAGACGGAAGAAGAAUCAAUAGCACAGCUUCUCGAGCAAAUGCGAAUAGCAAAGGAGAAGAAGGCCGAAGAGCCAGAAACCGCGCCAGCGCGACAAAAUAGAGAUUCGACCGAAGCAGGCGCAGAGGAGGACUCGGCAGCGUCAUCAACCACGGCUGUAUCAGUUGCAGAGACAGAGACCGCCGAGGGAGAGACUGCGCCGGAAACUGAGGCGGAAAUGGCCGUGGAAAAGAGGCGCGGGAUACCAAACAACGUGAAACUUUUUGAGAUAUUCUAUGAGCAAGUCCAAACGCUUGUCAAGAUGCAGCGGUUACCCAUACAAGAUACUAUCGGGCUACUUGUUUCGCUGGCGAACCUGGCUCUGAACAUUUAUCCCGAACGCCUCGACUACAUCGACCAAGUCCUGACCUUUGCGAACCAAAAGGUUGCAGAAUACCAGAACAGCGCCGAUUUACACUCGCAAGCCACCCAAAGCCAAAUCCUCAGCCUCCUCCUCUCGCCCAUCAAGACCUACGUUUCACUAUUCACUGCGCUUGCAUUGCCAAAUUACAUUCCUCUCCUACAUUCCCAGCCAUAUCCCACACGAAGAGCAGUAGCAGGCGAGGUGGCAAGAAGUUUGAUGCGAAAUCAAACUUGCAUCGCUUCGGUGGAGAACCUCGAAAGCGUCUUGGAGAUUCUCAAAGUUCUCAUAAGGGAGGGCAUCCAGCAAGCACAGGGAUAUCCCGGAGGGCCAAUACAAAGACGAGCACAGGAGACAGAGGAGACAAUAGAAGAACAAGGAUGGUUGGCGCGGAUAGUGCAUCUAAUACGGGGCAAGGAUAACGAUACACAGUUCAAGCUCCUGCAAACCGCGCGCAAAGCCUUUGCCGACGGCAACGAACGCGUCAAGUACACCUCUCCUGCCAUCAUCACUGGCGCCCUCAAACUCGCUCGUCAAUACAAAAAGCGCGAGCACUUUGACGACAACUGGCAAUCUCAAUCCUCGGCCCUCUACAAAUUCAUGCACAGCACCCUUUCCACCCUCUACACCCGUGUCGCUGGCUCCGCAGAUCUCGCUCUCCGCCUCUUCAUCGCCUGCGGCCAAGUCGCCGACCAAAAUGGGUUCGAAGAAGUCGCCUACGAAUAUUUUGCCCAAGCCUUUACCAUAUACGAAGAAGCCAUUAGCGACUCGAGAGCGCAAUUCCAAGCCGUUUGCGUUAUCGCGAGCGGCCUGCACACGACGAGGAAUUUUGGAAAGGAGAAUUACGAUACGCUAAUUACAAAGUGCGCACUCCAUGGUAGUAAACUGCUUAAGAAACCGGAUCAGUGCCGUGCCGUAUAUCUCGCGAGUCAUCUUUGGUGGGCUACGGAGAUCCGGGCCCUGGGCGAGGAAGAUCCAAAGACGCUUUACCGCGACGGCAAACGCGUGCUUGAGUGCUUACAACGUGCCCUUCGUGUUGCAGAUGCGUGCAUGGAUGCCGCGGUGUCGGUUGAGUUGUUUGUGGAGAUAUUGAAUCGCUAUGUAUAUUACUUUGACCAGGAGAAUGAUGCUGUAACAACCAAAUACCUAAACGGGCUCAUCGAACUCAUCCACUCAAACCUCCAAUCCAACGAAAACGCCUCCAGUCUCGAGAACCCAAUGAAGCAUUUCCAGCGCACGUUGGAUUACAUUGCCAGUCGCGAGUAUGAGGGCGUCGUCACGGCUGCGAAGUAG